AUGACCUCACCCACAUCCUCCCGCUCCGUGAGCUCUGGCAGCCUGCCAUCGCGUCCAGGCACGCCGCACGCCGAGGGGAAGAAGGAGACUCUGAUCCGCGCUGCCUGUGCCAGUCGCGACCUCGACGCCCUGGUCCAUCUGGCGACGAGCACGCACGGCCUGGUCAGCGACAGCUUGCGGCGCACAGCAUGGCCUCUCUUGCUUGGAUGCUCGGAGGAACACUCGGCGGACCAGGCGCCAUGGGAAAAGCUGCCUGAGCACAGGGACGAGCACCAGGUUGGCCUGGACGUAGCCCGCGCCUUUGUCUACUACCCCAGAAACGAGUCAGAGAAGCAGCUCGACCGCCGGAAAGAAGAACUGUCCGACGUCAUUGUCGAGGUGCUCCGCAGACACCCAGUGCUGUGCUACUUCCAGGGCUACCAUGACAUCGUCCAGGUCCUGCUGCUCGUCCUCGGCGCCCAAGAAGCCCCCGCUGCUGCUGCCCGCCUCAGCCUUCUCCGCAUCCGCGACUUUAUGCUCUCGUCACUUGAGCCCGCCCUCUCCCAGCUCGAACUGCUCCGUCCCAUCCUACGCGCUGCCGAUCCAAUCCUGUACGACCACCUCCCAGAAGGCAAUGCCUCGUUCGCCCUCGCCGGCACCAUCACCAUGUUUGCGCACAACAUCCAGGACUACAACGACAUCGCGAGGUUGUUCGACUUCUUUCUGGCACGUCAUGCAGUAAUGCCCGUCUAUCUCUUCGCCGCUGUGGUACUCUCAAGACGAGAAGAGCUGCUCGAGAUCGACAAGGAGGACGAGGAUAUAAUGUACGCCGUCUUGGGCAGACUGCCACAGCCCUUCGAUGUAGAGUUCCACCUCGCUCGGACGGUCGAGCUGUACGACCAUUUCCCACCGGCAAUACUACACAGCUGGGAAUGGUGGAAGAUUUCAUCCUCGAGCGUCCUCAAGACUUCAGCCACAACCCAUGACCUGCAUCGCCUCACGCUGAAAGAUGGAGAGAGAUACUUUGCACAGCAAGAGAUCGAUCUUGAAAGACAAAAGGCCCUGAAACGAGCACUCGAUCGAGCAAAGUAUGCCAAAAAGUACAUCGAGGUGCGCCUUUGGUACUACCGCCGAUACGGAGCUGUUGGUCUCGCCAUUGUCGUAGGUGCGUAUGCGUUGUGGCUCGGCAGGAAUGGCGGCUUCAGCAGUGGGCGGUAUCCGUUGAUUGGACGACUGGGCGACUUUUUGAAAAGAGCUCUCAGUGCUGCCGUGUAG